CACCCAUCCAUAUAAAUAUAAAUAUCUAAUAUUAUUUAUAAAUGAUAAAUAUAGUUUUUUAUAACGUCAGUGUUCAAGAGAUUCAAGAAAUUUUUCUCAAAGUUGUUUAAAUAAUUCAAAUGGCGAUGGCGUCUGCUGAUAGAAUGGAGUGGGUAGAAAUUAUCGAGCCGAGAACCAAAGAGCACAUGUAUGCUAAUUUAACGACCGGUGAAUGUGUAUGGGAUCCACCGCCGGGAGUUCCUGUAAAGAAGACUGAUAAUAACCAGUGGUGGGAAUUAUUCGAUCAACAAACAUCAAGAUUUUAUUAUUACAAUGCAACAUCGCAAAAAACCGUCUGGCAUCGGCCCACUGACUGUGACAUUAUUCCAUUGGCAAAGUUACAGACGCUGAAACAAAAUACAGAACCGGCGAUCAGCGGGGGCUCAGGUAAUAAUGGGAACGCCACAGAUGGUCAGACAAAUGAGUCGAGAAGAAAAGAGUCUGUGGCUACGCAAACUCAAACAACAGCAGUUGGACGUUCAUCACGUUACGAUCAUCAUCAAGAAAAUCCAAGUUUAUCUUCCUCUAUGAAAUCCAACAGUGGUGUAUGCAAAGUCCGUAGCUCGGGUAUUAGUAUGGAUUCCCAAUUAUCGCCUCCGUCGCCAUCUCCUUCGGCCAGACGACCGCAUCAUCACCACCACCAUCACCAUCAUCAUCACCAUCAUCAACAGCAGCAGCAGCAGCAACAACAACAGCAGCAGCAGCAGCAACAGUUACAGCAGCAACAGUUACAGCAGCACAACAAUAGACACAAUAAUCGACAUCAUGAACAGCCGUCUUCACAAACCCGACGGCAUCACAAUCAUUCUCAAGACUCGGGUCGCUCCAGCGACAGUUCAAUCUCUCACAGCCGCACGUCCCUGGAAUCAUCAGGCGCAUCUGCCUUCCGUCAUUUAGAAUCACCUCAUCGGCAUCAUCAACGAUCCAACAUACUCCAGUUACCAACGAGCUCAAGUCGUACUCACAAUACUUCGACCGGUAGUGGUAGUACACUAGAACCACUGAGAUCACAGAAAAGUGGUACUCUUGAGAAUGUGAAAAACCAAAAAGGCGUAGCAAUGCCUGGGGAACCACCACCGCCGCCUCUUGGUCUUUCACUCUCAACCAGUACGCCACUUUUUAAAAAAAAAAUAUUUGUAGAGCAUCAGCAGUCGUCGUCGAGUCAGAGAGACGGAAGAAGCGUUACGAGUACUGAGUCUGACAGAAGUAGAAAUGGAGGAGGUCGAGAGAGUAGCCGUGGCUCGUAUGGACCAGAACCAAGUACUUCACCGUACCGAGAGUCAAUUGGUGGUAUCGACUCAAAAGCCUUCUUGCGUCAAGAGAUGCCUCCCUAUCGUCCGCCUGAUAUUCAAUCCUCUCCACACUCUUGCAAGCCCCAUCAAGCUGACAAAUUCGGAUCUCUUGUCGAGUCAACAAAUCGGUACCACCGAGAUAGAGACAGAGACAGGGACAGAGAUCGCGAGUCUUAUCACCGUGACAGAGUUAACAGUCUUGAAAAAAGCAACACUCCGUCUUCAGGAGGAUUUUAUCCGGGCGCUGGUGCCAUUCACUCCCGAAAUCUCAACAAAGCGGAGGUAAUUACGUCUGCUGGCGGAAACGUCGGGAGUAUUGGUCGAAGACACCAUGGCUGUGCUGCUUCGCUGUCCGAAGCGAAUGUACGAGAAAUUUAUGGUGCCAUGCUAGCUGCUGAGAGUCGUAAUGACGGCAAAAAUUCUGCUUUGAGAAGCAAUGCUGCGUCUCACGUUAAUCCCAUCUCCAAGCAGCCGAGUUUCGAUGUGUCUGAAAGACACAUUAAAGAAAAAGACCGGGCUGGUGAACGGGAUAAAAAAGACAGAGAUGAUUACGGUGGGCGGACCAAGUGUAAUAAUUUGAUGGAUAAUAACACGCAACAAGCGUUAGCUCGUAGUUACAGCUUUGUUCAGCAGCAAAAACUCCAACAGCAAAUGAUGAGAAGGCGAGACCGCGAUGACGACUCAAUGCACGAGCGGUACUUGGUCAGUCAGAGCCUUCAUGAUCAUGCUAGACAUCGACUUGGCAGCAGCAAUACCAGUAGCAGUAAUGACGAUAGUAAUAGCAGUAGUAACAGUGCAAUUGGUGAUGAACUCGGUGGAGGUGGACAGGUAGUUGAUGAGGAGGAGGACGCUAAGAAAAAACGAAGCAAUGGCAAUCCUAGUCCACCGGCAUCGACGCCUUAUUACGGUAAUUUAUUAGUCGAUGCCGAUCAUUUGUUGCCGCUUCAACAUUAUAUUCUUCAACAAGCUAAACUCUCGGGUUGUUAUAAAUAUGGAGAUCCUUUGCUGGUCGAUGGAGAAGGGGAUGAUGAUUCUUUGGAUGAAGACGGUGGCGGUAGAGAUAACGAAGGUGGUAAUGGAGUUGGCAUUGGUAGUGGGAGAGGUGACGAUGACUCAGACGAUGAAGAUCAGUUUGCCGAUGAUGAAGCUGCAAGCAAUCAGGGUGAUUCUUCCAGUCAAGAGUAUUUAGAAGAUCACUAUGCGGAUCUCGGAAAUUAUGACACAGCUGGCCUGGCAACAUAUUAUAACACUACGGAAACGCUAACGCGCUCGCACGCGAGCUCUACGCAAGCAACCUUACCAUCAACAGCACCUCUGGUACCUUCAGCUCCGUCCGGGCAGACCGGUUCGACAACAAUAUCCCUGCACACCGAAGUUAGAGACAGUGGAAGCAUGGGCGGCGGGGUCGGUGCUAGUCCAAGACCUAUUUCUCUUCCAGCAUCAACAGCUUUUACGAGCCUAGUCAAGAGUUAUGAUAUUGCAGACGGCGCCGAGGAUGGACGUCGCGAUGAUUCUACGGGCGGAGGGGACAUUGAGAAAUACGCCCAAGAUAAUUUAAAUUUAAAUUGUGGCAGGCCAAAAGGUCUCCGGCUUUUGUUUCGUAAAAAAUUCAGUGUACGUGAUAUUUUAAGCUGGUCUAAAGAUCCUAUUCCCCGACCGAUGCUUAACGUUGUCGAGGGUGAAAAACUAUUAAAACGCGAGGCCUGCAAUCUAUUUCGGCUUGUCCAGGUUUAUAUGGGCGACAGAAAAGCCAACGUAGGCAUGACCUUAGACGGUGUAGCUACUGAAUUAAUAAACACCGUAUUUUCAAAGCCGCCGCUUCGUGACGAGCUUUAUGUGCAAAUUUGUCGGCAAACUACCGAAAAUCCUAGAAAAGAAAGUCUAAGACGAGGAUGGGAGCUGAUGGCAGUCUGUCUAGCGUUCGUACCACCAAGUGCUACUUUUGAGCCGUAUCUUGAAGGCUAUAUGAACAGGCAUCGUGACCCUAAUUUCCAAUUUCCCGAAGUAGCCAAGUGGCCGAUUCACGUUCAAGUGAGUCAUUACGCCACUGUUGCUUGUCGACGGUUGCAGCGAAUUGGGGCACACGGUAAACGUCAACCACGUAAGGCUACUAUUGAAGACAUUGAUCAAGCACGGCUUCAAAUAUUCCGCGCGUCAAUGUUUGGCGCUACGCUGUCUGAAGUAAUGGCUUUGCAACGUGAUCGUUUUCCACAACGAGAUUUGCCCUGGGUUCAGACAACGUUGACUCGCCAAGUACUCAUGCGUGGUGGGACAUUAACUGAAGGAAUAUUUCGGGUGUCUGCGGACGCGGAUGAGGUCAGCGCGCUUAAAUCUUGCUUGGACAGAUUUGAGGACGGCGCUAAUUUAGCACCCUCCCAGGACGCUCAUGCACCUGCUUCGUUGUUGAAGUUGUGGGUUCGGGAAUUAUACGAACCCUUGAUACCUGACUCGUUUUAUAUCGAGUGUGUGUCUAUGCGACACGACGAGUCAGAGGCUGCUGCUUUAAAUGCCGCGGCUAUCGUUGAUCGACUUCCAGAUCUUAAUCGUCGAGUACUUAGUCAUCUGAUUCGUUUUCUUCAGAUUUUUACGAGACCAGAUGUGGUUGCCCGUACAAAAAUGGACGCUAAUAAUCUCGCUAUGGUAAUGGCUCCAAAUAUUCUACGCUGUACCUCCCAAGAUCCAAGAGUGAUAUUGGAAAAUGCACGAAAAGAAAUGGCUUUUGUACGCAUACUUAUUGAAUCACUGGAAACAGCUUGGGUCGACGAUCUUCAUUGACCCACCAGUCGUCGUCAAUAUCGUUGCUAAAUUAUUAUGCACUCUACACUUUUAUGCCAAAUACAAUGUAAAUUAAUGUUGAUUACGAAUUUUUACCAUUAGUUAUUUUAUUGUUUUACAUUUUUUUGAAUUAUUAUUAUUUUAUAUAUUUUUAUUACUAUUGCUAUUAUUAAAUUUUUGUGUUCAUAAAUUAAUGUUAAAUUAGUUAAGUAUUGCUUUGGCGCAAUUGCGAUAAAGUGUAUAAUCUAAUGCUAAAGCUAGCCGACGCGUCACCAAUUUAAAAUGUUCCCUCGUUAUCAAUUAUUAUUCAUUAAUUUAUAAAUAGCAAAAGAAAAUAAAAUAAAUCUUAUGCCAUAUACUUUUAUUUAAAAAUAAAUAAAUAUAAAUAAUAAUGUACAAUAUAGUUGUCGAUACAAUGUACAUGUAAUAGUAAUCUCUUGUUAUCGCACCAUUUGUCAGAUGGCUUUUUAAAAAUUCCAUGCAAUUGUUGAAUUUAAUAUGUAAGAUAAUUAUUGAUUAUUAUUAUUAUAAUUAAAAUAAUGAGAGAAACAAAUGCAACAAGGUUCAAUUGACGCUUUGUACGGUCGUACACCUUAUAAAGGUCUUCAUUUUUGUAUGAAUGAUAAUCUGUAUGUAUGUACAACAAACGACGAAUCUAUACAUAUAUUUAAUAUAAAUGUAUAUGUUCGCGUUUAAUAUCAGCAAUACAACAAAUUAUUAGCUAA